AUGCUGAGCUCCCGGGCCCAGGCGGCCAUGAGCGCGGCCGACAGGGCCAUCCAGCGCUUCCUGCGGACUGGGGCGGCCGUCAGAUAUAAAGUCAUGAAGAACUGGGGUGUUAUAGGUGGACUCGCCGCUGCUCUUGCAGCAGGGAUAUAUGUUAUUUGGGGUCCUAUCACAGAAAGAAAGAAGCGUAGAAAAGGGCUUGUGCCUGGCCUUGUCAACUUGGGGAACACCUGCUUCAUGAACUCCCUGCUGCAAGGCCUGUCUGCCUGCCCCGCUUUCAUCAAGUGGCUGGAAGAGUUCACCACCCAGUACACCGGGGAUCAGUUGGAGCCCCCGCAACACCAGUAUUUAUCCUUAACACUGCUGCACCUCCUGAAAGCUUUAUCCUGCCAAGAAGUGACUGAUGAUGAGGUCUUGGAUGCAAGCUGCUUGUUGGAUGUCUUAAGAAUGUACAGGUGGCAGAUCUCCUCAUUUGAAGAACAGGAUGCCCACGAGUUGUUCCACGUCAUCACCUCGUCAUUGGAAGAUGAGCGGGACCGCCAGCCCCGGGUCACACACUUGUUUGAUGUGCAUUCCUUGGAGCAGCAGCCGGAAAUAACUCCCAAGCAAAUAACCUGCCGCACAAGAGGGGCACCUCAUCCCACGUCCAGUCACUGGAAAUCUCAGCACCCUUUCCACGGAAGACUUACCAGUAACAUGGUCUGCAAACACUGUGAACACCAGAGCCCUGUUCGAUUUGAUACCUUUGAUAGCCUCUCACUCAGCAUCCCGGCUGCCACAUGGGGUCAUCCAUUGACCCUGGACCACUGCCUUCACCACUUCAUUUCAUCAGAAUCAGUGCGGGGUGUUGUAUGUGACAACUGUACAAAGAUUGAAGCCCAAGGGACGCUGAAUGGGGAAAAGGUGGAACACCAGAGGACCACUUUCGUUAAGCAGUUGAAGCUGGGGAAGCUCCCUCAGUGUCUGUGCAUCCACCUCCAGCGGCUGAGCUGGUCCAGCCACGGCACGCCCCUGAAGCGGCACGAGCACGUGCAGUUCAACGAGUUCCUGAUGAUGGACAUCUACAAGUACCGCCUCCUCGGCCGUAGACCUGGUCAGCACAGCCCCAAGCUGGACGAGAAGGCAGGGCCCGCGCUGGAACUGCAGGACAGACUGGCAGCCCCCCGAUCAGUUCUGAAUCAGCCAGGGGGCCCCAAAACCCAAAUUUUUAUGAAUGGUGCCUGCUCCCCGUCUUUGUUGCCUACCCUGCCAGCCCCAAUGCCCUUCCCCCUCCCAGUUGUUCCGGACUACAGCUCCUCCAUGUACCUCUUCCGGCUGAUGGCAGUUGUUGUCCACCAUGGGGACAUGCACUCUGGACACUUCGUGACUUACCGACGGUCCCCACCUUCGGCCAAGAACCCUCUCUCAACCAGCAACCAGUGGCUGUGGAUUUCCGAUGACACUGUCCGCAAGGCCAGCCUGCAGGAGGUCCUGUCCUCUAGCGCUUACCUGCUGUUCUACGAGCGUGUUCUUUCCAAGAUGCAGCACCAGAGUCGGGAGUACAAGUCUGAAGAAUGACUGUGCCCCGGCCCCAAGGCGAGGCCUCAUGGCACUGUCUAAGCUGUCCAGGAGGGUCAGAACCAGACUGUGUGUGUGUGUGUGUGUGUGUGUGUGUGUGCGCGCGCGUGCGUGCACGUGCGUGCACACAAGCGGCCCCCGAGUCCUUUGCCUUCUGGUGUGUCCUGAGAGCGGGCUCCACCGGGGAGCAGUGGCCCCGAUUCAAACCAAAUCCGGCUCCCUGAACAGCUCUGCUAGUGUGCACCGGAAGGUGUCGCUGUUAGGAAAGCAUUUAUGUCUAGAGCAUCUUUUUACUCCCCUGAUAUUGGUAAUUAAAAAAAAUCAGACUCCAGAAGACAUCUUUUUUAUAUUCUAAUAUGCUAGGUGUUCUCAGAGAGGAGUUCACUUUGUCAAAUCCUCUGAUGUUUCAGCACAGAUCUUUUAUUUUUAAUAAGCAGGCCCAUAUAAAAAAUUGUUGACAAGAAUUAGUGUAAUUAUUAAAGGCAACAAUUUAGAAGAAAAAGUGCCUUUCACUUUCGAUUGCUUUUGUAGCACGUCCAUCGGGGAAAACACAUCCUCUGAGAGUCGCAGCAACAAUGUUUGAAAGGCUCUCUCCUGAGCUGCUCAGUGGCCAGCAAGGCAACAGCUACAAGAGGCCUGAAGAACACCCGCCUUUCCUUUUUGUAUGUCUUUUUCUAAUCUUUCGAUUCUUUGUAUAUAGUAAGAGCUCACCUGCCAAAUCUGCCCCUUGCGGGAAUUCUCUCAACUGCUUCUGUGUACCGGACUAAGUGAUGACACAACCCACGGGGACAGCCGGACCGAGCAGCGUCCGUGCCCUAGCGAGGCCGCGCUCUGCAGGAGGCCGUCUCACACGCAGGUCCCCCUGGACGGUUAUUCUCACCUAUUUAUUUACUGCUCGUGCGGAGCUCUGACGAUUUCCGGGGGGGCGGGGCCGUGCCAGAAGACUACACUGCCUUGGUCUGAGAGCUGGCAUCGGGAGGGAGGACAGUGACCUCGGGUCCCUCGUUUAUAAAGUGAAGGGUUAGACUCGAUGGCCGUCAAAAGCCAGGCUUUUCUACAAGAAGCGUGUUAUUUUUAAAACAUGCAGCUGACACCUAGUAUUGUCAUUUUGUUAUAGGUCCAUAUUCUAAAUGUAUUUGUUUCCAGCACCCUGAUACAAAAAGACUAUGGUGAGCCCUCUCUUCCCUCUUCAGGUAAGUGCUGUGAAUGAAGCCCAGGGCCGAAGGCUUUUUGAUGACACAGGAGAACCUAUGUUUUAGCUAGAAUUUUGUAUUUUUGAAAAAAAGGACACCAAAUUUAUAUGGACUCUUCAGAGAUAAGAUUUGGAAUCAGACCUGUCCAGGCCACCUGAGGUAAGGCUAAGAACCGUGCUUGCUCUGUGGGGGUGAGCUGGCAGACACUUCUAGACAGUGCCCGUGUCAGCUAAAGCACAAGAGGUCCAGGUGACCGCCAGGCCCAGCACGCGCCCCGAGGACUCGGAAUGUCUCGCUGCUGACAGAACACACUGUGAAGGUUCUCCAGGCCACGGACGUCAGGGUGAAAGGAGCAGCCCAAAGCGUCUGACCCCUCCUGCAUCCAUUGCUGCUCCCUCCUGCUUCCGCUGCAGACCCGGCUGUGAGGUUGAAACCGGCGUACCUGUUUUACCGGUGGAACAAACGCCCAAUCGUGUGACCUCAAACUGCACCGCAGACUUGUAGCUUCGAGUGACCUUGGCUCUGCCACUGCUCACUCUGUGAAUCUGCCUUUAAAGAGAGAUACCGGGCACAGAAGGGGCUGAUCCUUUGAACACGCUGUAAACAGGUUGUUGGUCAGAGGCCAGGGUUGCAAAUGUGAAUGAUAUCUGCAAAGUCCCUUAACCUGACUUAAAGCAGACUUCCUCGUUUUGUAAAUUAGCAGGCUUUACGUAGCCACCAAAUAAUCUUAUUUCUAGUUUUAAAUUAUUUACAAAACGGCUUCUUUUUGCAAAAACCUAAGUUAAACUAGUAGUUUAUGCCAUAAUUGCUGAUUU